CAGAAAGAAGAAACAAAAUCGAUUUUUCCGGGCAGUAUGAGAGCGAUUUUCGACGCGAGAAGACUUGCUGUUGUGAGAAUUUGUUAAACAGAACUUUGUUGAAUGAAUUCCGGUAUUUCACAAAAUAUUUUUGAAACAUUUGUGUCAUAAGUUUUCAAGGUAACCGAAAAAUUAUUACGUGAAAAAUGUUAUCUGUUUCCCGAGCCGCAAUCAGCAGUCUCAGAAUUGCGCAACCAAGGAUAGCAACAUCUCGGACAAGGAAACAUUUUACGGGUGAAGUUUUAGGUGGAUCGUUCUGCAGUCGUCGCUGGUUCUCGAAAAAGGAAACACUUUCAGCUAAAGGAUCUGCUCCAGUAUGUCCGCCUCCACCACCAUCUGGAUCGGGACCCAAUUCUAACAACACCUACAUAGUCGGAGCGAUUGCCCUGACUGCUGGCGGUUUGGGACUAGCCUACGCCUUGGGAUUAUUCGACAGUGAUAAGGAAUCCCGCGAAGAAAACACAGAACCGUUAGUAGCAUUUCCACCAAAGAAGAAAUCAAAGUUACCAUUCCCAGCUUCCUCGAAAGAUCUGCCAAACGAUGUUCCCUAUCUGUUGAUUGGAGGAGGAACCGCCAGCUUCGCUGCAUUUCGUGCCAUCAAGGGUCACGAUGCGAAGGCUAAAGUUUUGGUCAUCACGAACGAAACAGAAAUGCCAUAUAUGAGACCUCCUUUGUCGAAGGAACUUUGGUUUAAUCCGGAAGCACAACUCGAACCGUUAAAGUUCCGACAGUGGAAUGGAGUGGAACGGAGUAUCUAUUUCGAACCGGAUGACUUUUACAUGGAUCCGACUAAAUUAAUGGAUUCGCCCAAUGGAGGCGUUGCCAUUGCUAGGGGCUAUGAGGUUCAAAGGAUAGACGUUGUCAACAGAAAAGCUAUUUUAACGGAUGGCACAGAGAUCAAGUACGGAGAAUGUUUACUAGCGACAGGAGCUAGACCAAAGAACUUGCCAGUAUUUGAGUCCGCCCCAUUGGCGGUGAAGGAACGAGUUAGCAUGUUCAAAGCUGUUAGCGAUUUUGAAGAACUUACCGAAAAGUUGAGCGAGGGAAGUAAAGUCGCUAUAAUAGGCGGUGGCUUUCUGGGCAGUGAGCUAUCCUGCGCUUUAGCCAAAUGCAGCGAAAUUCGCAGUAAGAACUUUGAGGUAUAUCAGCUUUUCCAUGAAGAAGGGAACAUGGGAAAGAUCUUACCAGAAUAUCUGAGCCAAUGGACCACGGAACGGGUUAGAGAAGAAGGGGUCAAAGUUUGGCCCAAAAUUCAGGUCAAGGCAGCAGAAGUUCUAGAUAAGAAACUCAAACUCACUUUGACCGAUGACAGUUGUCUGGUGGUUGACCACGCAAUCGUUGCCGUAGGCUCGGAGCCGAAUACGGAUCUGGCUAAGACUUCAAAUUUGGAAACGGAUCCAUCAAUGGGAGGUUUCGUAGUGGAUGCGGAACUGAGGGCUCGAUCACAUUUGUACGUAGCCGGAGACGCUGCCUGUUUCUUCGAUCCCAAACUAGGACGACGACGAGUUGAACAUCACGAUCAUGCCGUCGUUUCGGGACGCCUUGCCGGAGAGAACAUGGCUGGUUUGAACAAACCAUAUACUCACCAAAGUAUGUUUUGGUCAGACUUGGGUCCAAAGAUUGGAUACGAAGCGAUUGGCAUUAUCGAUUCUGCCCUACCAACCGUAGCCGUAUUCGCUAAGAUGAGUACCCCGCAAACAAUUCCGGACACCAGUGAAAAACUGCAAGCAGCCAACGCUUCGGUAAAACCAACUCCUCUAUCGAAGACAACCUCCAGUGGAGCUGAACAUACCGCAUCGGUGCUCGGUAACACAAAUGUGGUAAAAGCAGAGGAAAAGCCUGCUGCAGCACCACCAAUUGAAUCUGACGAUAAAGACGAGUUUAACAAGGGCGUCAUAUUUUACCUGCGGGACGAGAAGGUGGUCGGGGUGUUGCUGUGGAACGUUUUCAACCGGAUUGGAACGGCGCGUAGGAUUGUCGCUCAACAUACGCGGUAUGACGAUUUGAACGAAGUUGCUAAACUAUUCAACCUGCACGAACGACCGGAAGAAGCGGAAGCAGCCGAGGAAUCGCAAUAAAUUUAAGACAUAGUUGUAAUGUUGAAAGCAAAAUUUCCUGUUACUAAAAUGUAUUGUGAGACCUAGUGGUAGCUGCUUGUGUUGAUAGGAAGUUAGAGAACAUCGUUUUCCAUUGGGUAGAGCUUGGUCAUUUCUUUUGUAUAAAUAUCUUUUUUUAUGAGCGUAGGCGGUCAAAUAAAUUAUCAGUAAGGAGCUAA